GCUAACCUUGCUCUCACUCUCAGUAUCUAUUCCAACGGGCAAUUCAUGAACCCCGGCCCCGCACCCCGACCACCGACAGAUAAGCCUCGUCUGGGUCUCAUGCCAAAUGUGAACCUGGCGAACAGUAUGUCGAGCUUGAGCAUAGCCUCCCCAGUCUCGAGUACAUACAGCGGAUCGACCAUCUCCCUGCCGAUUUCACGGCAAGGAUCCAACAAUCUCGACGGCUCCGGCGGGGUCGCCAUCAUUAAGCAAGGCUACGUUGGCCUACCAAGCAAGAACCCGUUCCAGCAAUGGAAAAGCAGAUACCUCAUCCUUCGCCAGGACAUCUUAGAUUUUCACAAGAACGAAAACGGAAAGUGGUUGUACAAGAUCCAGCUUACAGACGUUAUAAGUGUCGAUCGAGUUCCCGACGACAAUGGCGACCCCGUUUUCGAGAUCAGGAGGAACCUGAAUAACUCCUACCCUGGACCCCCGGGCGACGAUGACAACGGAGUGAGAUCCCUGCGCAUCUGUGUCAAAACAGACGACGAGCUGUACGAAUGGAUUGAUUGCAUCUAUGCGCGUUGCCCGGGCGGUGUUAGCAACCCGUCCAACUUCUCGCACGCCGUCCAUGUCGGCUUCAACCCCCAGACUGGCCAGUUUACCGGGUUACCAGAAGAGUGGACCAGGUUGCUUAACUCGUCUGCCAUUACCAGAGAGGAGGCGGAGAAGAAUCCCCAGGCUGUGGUUGAAGUCCUUGACUUCUACUCCGGUAUGAUGAAGCGUGCGGAGAACGACCCUUAUGGCUCCCCAAUGCCCAUGCAAUCACCGACAAGCCCGCCCCAGAAUGAUCAGUUCAACUACCAGAGCGGCAACUCGGUUGCGCCGCCUCGACAGGUGAAGCCCAUCCAGCGGAGCCCCUCAUAUUCUACGACUCCGUCCUCUCAGGCAGCCGCUGCCCCUCCGUCCCGGCCAGUGGUCGAGCAACAAACAGCGACGCAGAUGCAACAGCUGCAGAGUGUUGCGCCCAAUUACAUUUCAGCGGAUCGGCUGCGCGAAGAGCAGCGGGCUCGGGAAUUGGAACGGCAACGGGCAGAGCGAGAGGAACAAGCUCGUCGGGAGCUCGAGGCUUAUAAUGCGUCGCUGCCCAAGACCAAGGUUCCACUGGCUCAGCAGGAGAUUGGCGGCGGGUAUUCCUCACCGUCCUCCACCGAUCGGUAUAAUCCGACACGAGCAGCGCCCAAGGCACCCCAGCAGGCCCCUUCGCUCAGGGCACAGAGGCCAGCACCUGCUCCGCCGAGCAAUUCUUCUCCUACAUCCCGACCACCCCUAACACAGCAGACCAGCUCCAACUCGGUCCGCGAUCCCACAGCUCAAGCUCAGAGACCACCGCGGCCCGACCAGGCGAAUGGUCCCUCAGUGACUGCCCGUUAUCCCAAUGGAGCGGCAGCGCGCGGUCCGAACGGCCAACCUCAAGCCCAGCCGCCAUCACGCUUGCCGGCGCCGGUGAAGCCCCUGAAUGUCAACAAGCCUGCCCAGUCGGAUGCCGUUAAGGCCGCCGAAGCCGCCCUGACUUCCAAGCCUGCUCCGUCGGAGCGCAAGCAAGAUGUGCGCAUGUCGACCAUGUCGGAGAACGAGGUGAUGGCGAAGCUGAGGGAGGUGGUUUCCAAGGAUGACCCCAACAAGCUGUACGCGAAACAGAAGAAGAUCGGCCAAGGCGCGUCCGGCUCGGUGUAUGUUGCCAAGAAGCUCAGACCAGGCGCGCCGGGGGGUUCGCAUCUUGCGAAGUCGAGCAGCGACCGCGUUGCCAUCAAGCAAAUGGAUCUGGCCCAUCAACCGCGGAAGGAGCUGAUCGUCAACGAGAUCUUGGUCAUGCGUGAGAACAAGCAUGUCAAUAUCGUGAACUUCAUCGACUCCUUUCUCAUGGACAACGAGAAGGAACUCUGGGUGGUCAUGGAGUACAUGGAGGGUGGCGCUCUGACGGAUGUGAUUGAGAACAACCCCAUUAUUACAGAAGAGCAGAUCUCGACCAUUUGCCUUGAGACGUGCCAAGGUCUCGAGCACCUGCACUCGCAGAACAUCAUCCACCGCGACAUCAAGAGUGACAACGUCCUCCUGGACGCCCGAGGCAACGUCAAGAUCACUGACUUUGGCUUCUGCGCCAAGCUCACUGAAACCAAGUCUAAGCGUGCCACUAUGGUUGGCACACCGUACUGGAUGGCACCUGAGGUGGUCAAGCAGAAGGAAUACGGCCCCAAGGUUGACAUCUGGUCGCUCGGCAUCAUGGCCAUCGAGAUGAUCGAGUCGGAGCCCCCCUACCUGAACGAGGAACCACUCAAGGCCCUCUACCUCAUCGCCACGAACGGCACCCCGCGUCUCAAGAAGCCCGAGAAGCUCAGCAAGGAGCUCAAGGCGUUCCUCUCGGUCUGCCUGUGCGUCGAUGUCAAGAGCCGCGCGUCGGCGCAGGAACUACUCAAUCACGAGUUCCUGAAGCACGGCUGUCCGCUGGCGAGCCUGGCGGAUCUGCUUGCUUUCAAGAGGGUCGCCAAAUAAGCAAUAUAUACCACCAGUGCGUGAGCAAAAGUUCAAGAAGGAGGAGGACAAGCAUGACUCGAAAUGGCAUGAUCUGCAUGAACAUGGUUGAUUUCGAUUUGGCAGACUCGGACAGAUGGGGAAGGACAUACCAUGUUUUGGAUGUCUUCUUCUUGAGAACGGUAGAAAAGGCGGGGACGACGGUGUGCGCAUCUCAGGGUGGGUUUUAAUCGGCUGGCUUGCUUGGUCUGGGUCUGGUGAUAGAGCGGAGGGAAAGGUCCAAGGCUAAUAGGUACCUGGGAAUAGCUUCUUAGGACGGGGAAGCCAUGCUAUGCCAC